GCCCAGCUGACAUCCAGUCAUUGAAUUGGGCGGCUCGUCAUCGGACGUCGCUCGAUUUCGCGAUAACGUGAAAUUGUUGAAAAAUACAUACAAUUUGGACAGCUUCGCUUGUCCGGACUCCAUUGUUCAGUGUAAUAAUGCAUUUGAAGCGAAAAAGACACGAUUAUCGGAGUGUAAUAUUAUAGCGCAGGUGAUUCAAAGGAGGUAGACGACACAGUUAGCUGCUUUAUUAAGAUGCACAGCUGCUCCCCGCUGCCGGCGGCGGGCGCGUCGGGCCCGCGGCUGCUGCUGCAGCUGGGCCGGCUGAUCGUGCGCGCGCGCUCGCCCGCCGCGCGCCGCCCGCGCCCGCUGCACGCCAAGCGCCAGGCCAGGGAGCCCAGCGCGCAGGUCCAGCAAACCCAGCCAAAACUAGAGACUGAGGAGCCGAAGCUAGGUGGCGUGGAGGCUCAGCUCGACAACCACGUGCAGGCGUUGUGGAACGAUCAGAUCCCCAUCUGCAUUGAAGUACUGCUAGCUCCCGACUGCCCGGACUGUCUAGCGUCGAUCAGCAAGCCGGAAGGGGAGAGCACGUUCGACAAACAGCACACACAGCAACGGGCCAUGCUGCUGGAGAGGUGGACCAUACAAGCGCUGCCGAACAAACCCCACGACGGACCAGCGUUCAUCACAUCACAAUGGCUGCUGAACGCGGUCCGCUCACAACUCCACUUCUCGCAGCUGUCCGCUUGGCUCGCACGCCUCCAGAAGACAGAGGAGGACCCCAGCGAGCGCAGACGAAAGCUAAGCCGCGAAUCGUGCAACUACAAGAAAGUCGAGGCUAACUGUGACGAGGAGGAGUUGGCCGAUGAGAAACGCCAACUGAACAUCGUCUACUCCAUCAAGAUCCCUGGCGAGAGUUACAAAAUGGCGGAGUUCUCCAAACCACCAACAGACCACAACUUCCCCAUCUCAGACAUAGGGGACAACGUGUACCUCAAAGUGGUUCUGGAGAGUCUCCCACGAAUAGAUGAUAUACCCACAGUCAAAUGUACCUGCCACAGGAAAGAGCCCGUCGGUCCCGAGGACCUCACGGGGAAGUUAAAUGAUCUCACAUUAGGUCCUAGGUGUUCCAAGUUUCCGUCCGAUCACGCCGUCAACUCCAACAUCGGCACUACCUCCCGAAGGCUGUCAAUCGUCUCCAAUCCAGGUUCGACAGAGUUCCUCAUAUCCUCAGACGAAAUGGAGAAGAAGGAUUUGGUCGAUGAUCGAAUGCACACGCCAUGCAGCGAGAACGGGAAACACAAAUGCAGCUGCGACGACGAAUCGGACGGCAAAGACAAUCAUAGAUCUUCCACUAGUUUAAGUCAGGAGCCGAAGAAACUGGACGAGCGGCGGUUAAAAGAGAUAGCUAAAUACAAAAGGCGUUUGCGGAAAGAGAGCAAGAUGAAAAAGCUCUCCGACAGUACGUCUUCGGAGGGCGAUAGUCAGCAAAAAGUUAAGGAAACACACACCUCGAUUCCGAUUCUGCAGGCGGCGAGAUUCGACCGGCUCCGAGCGAUCGGAUGCUACAGAAACCAAACGUAUUUGACAUUGCCUGCCAGUCGGAUCGAGACCAAAUCGCCUUUCGUUGAAGCGGUGAGCAUACCACCGCCGGAAUUCAAAAGGACCAGCACAGUUGGGACCCAAACUGAGGAUUUCUCUUGCCAGUGCGGUCUUCCUUUACAGGUGGCUUGCUCCAACUGUACCCAGAGUCGCUUAGUCCGCUCUGGUGGUUCGUACGAUCUCGCUGCUAUCUCCGAGCCGAAUGGCGCCCGCCGAAAAUGCGAGGACGAGGGCAACCCCCUCAAAAAGCACAAAUGUGAUAUAAAUAGCAGUAAUUCUACGUGUGAUAUAAAAUUAAAUGAUAUAGUAGUUGAUAGUUCUAUAGUUAGUGAUGACGUGGUUAAACGACCGAAACUCCGUCGGUUCUUCCCGAUUGUAGGCCGACUGGAGAAGAUAGUUUCCGAUAGGUUCUCUCAGAAUGCUGAACGGGAUAUGGAGGAGUUGCAUUUGAAGACUGAUGACACAGUGUUUUCUCAGCCUCAGCGGCCGGAAUCUAAGCGCCAGAAGACGUUUUCGAUCAGCGAAGACGAUUAUGUGUUGUACGAAAAGUGUGACUAUGGGACGAUUGAUAAGUGCGAGGAGUUGUCUUCGCCGAAAGACGAGAGCGGGUUCAAAUUCCCUGAUCCGAAAAGGAAUCAGGACGCGUUGAUUCCUUCUCCUAGUGAGAUGGACCGGUUUCGGUGGCGUUUCGAUUCGGCUGCGUCCAUGGUGUUUCAUACGAAGACUGGGCUACCUUUGACAUCGAGUCCAGCGCCUUUGAGGCGAGGGAACAAUUGCUUCGAUUUUGACGACUCGAUCAACGGAAUUUCCGGUAUUAAAAGAUUGCGACUCGUAGGCAUCGUUUACACGAAUAUUGUCUGCCGCGGACUCGCGUUAUUCCACCCGAUCUCGCCGCCGUCCCCUCUCCCCGCGUCCCCCGCGUCCCCCGCGCCGCGGUCGCCGCCGCCCGCGCCGCCGCCCCGGAGGAAGGAGGAGCCGCCCAAGCUGAGGAUCGGCCCGAGCACUGGGCUGUUGGGCAGCUUCGAGGAAUCCGCCCUAAAAGGCCGCCUAGAGCCGGUAGCCACCGUCGCAGGCUUCACGGCUGAGUUGGGCGCUUCCGGCGCCUUCUGCCCGCCACACCGCCGACUUCCGGUCACCGUGUUCUUCUAUGCCCCUGGAGGCACUAACGCUCCGUAUAUGGGCCACAUAAACCUAGGUCCCCACGGGUACCGGGUCGCCCGUUCCGGCACCAUCCAGGUGUCCCUCUUCAACCCCCACGGGACACUGGUCAAGAUGUUUGUAGUGCUGUACGACUUGACAGCGAUGCCUCCCGCCGCGCGAACGUUCCUGCGACAGCGAACGCUAUACAUGCCCGCCGGCGCCGAUCCGCCUGCUCGAUACGCUCAUAAGUGGCUGCGGUACCUUAUACACUUGAGAUUCAUGACGUCGAAAUCCGGCAAACUGUACCUCCACACAGACAUACGAAUCAUCGUGUCAAGGAAAGCGGAUCUGGACACAGCGACCGCUCACUCGCUGUUCCGGCCCAUAGCGAAUGGCGACAGCGAGAAAAACAGCGAAGAGAAAGACUCAAACAGCGGGAGCGAUCAGAAAAGAUCUCCGAACCGCGUUUUCGGCGGUUCAAGCGAAUUUGAUUCCGAAGUGAAGGGCAUGAGGGAGAUUGGGUACGAAAACCAAAAUGGCGUCUCGUACGAGCUAAGGAGUUUUACGUACGCUCCAGAAAACCCUAAGUAUUCGCCGCGAUAGGCUGUUAUGUGUAUCCAUGAGAAAAUAUAUUUUUGGUUUUAUAUA